AUGACCAGGAGCCCACAGUUGCUGAGUGCUAACGUCCUGGAGGGUGACUCCAUGGACCAGGAUGUCGAGAGCCCUGUGGCCAUUCACCAGCCAAAGUUGCCUAAGCAGGCCAGGGACGACCUGCCAAGACACAUCAGCCGAGACCGGACCAAAAGGAAAAUCCAGAGGUAUGUGCGGAAAGAUGGAAAGUGCAACGUCCACCAUGGCAACGUGAGGGAGACCUAUCGCUACCUGACCGAUAUCUUCACCACCUUAGUAGACCUCAAGUGGAGAUUCAACCUGUUGAUUUUCGUCAUGGUUUACACAGUGACAUGGCUCUUUUUUGGAAUGAUCUGGUGGCUAAUUGCAUACAUCCGAGGAGACAUGGACCACAUAGAGGACCCUUCAUGGACUCCUUGCGUCACCAACCUCAAUGGGUUCGUCUCUGCUUUUUUAUUCUCCAUAGAGACAGAAACCACCAUUGGUUAUGGCUAUCGGGUCAUCACGGACAAGUGCCCAGAGGGAAUUAUUCUCCUCUUAAUCCAAUCUGUUUUGGGGUCCAUUGUCAAUGCAUUCAUGGUGGGAUGCAUGUUUGUAAAAAUAUCUCAACCCAAGAAGAGGGCAGAGACCCUGGUUUUUUCCACCCAUGCGGUGAUUUCCAUGAGGGAUGGGAAACUGUGCCUGAUGUUUCGCGUAGGGGAUCUGAGGAAUUCCCACAUCGUGGAGGCUUCCAUCAGAGCUAAGUUGAUCAAAUCCAAACAGACCUCAGAGGGGGAGUUCAUCCCCUUGAACCAGACGGAUAUCAACGUAGGGUAUUACACUGGCGAUGACCGUCUCUUUCUGGUGUCACCACUCAUCAUUAGCCAUGAAAUUAACCAACAGAGUCCUUUCUGGGAGAUCUCCAAAGCCCAGCUGCCCAAAGAGGAACUGGAAAUCGUAGUCAUCCUAGAAGGCAUGGUGGAAGCUACAGGGAUGACAUGCCAAGCUCGAAGCUCCUACAUCACUAGUGAGAUCCUCUGGGGGUACCGGUUCACCCCUGUUCUGACGCUGGAGGACGGGUUCUACGAAGUCGACUACAACAGCUUCCACGAGACCUACGAGACCAGCACCCCAUCUCUCAGUGCCAAAGAGCUGGCCGAGUUAGCCAGCAGGGCUGAGCUGCCCCUGAGCUGGUCCGUCUCCAGCAAACUCAACCAACACGCAGAACUGGAGACUGAGGAGGAAGAAAAGAACCCUGAGGAGCAGACGGAGAGGAAUGGUGAUGUGGCGAAUCUAGAGAACGAAUCCAAAGUUUAG